AUUGAUCCAGCAACCUUCUGAUUACUAGCCCGACUCCCUCACCGCUCAGCCAUCUGACUCCGUACAUAACUCCCCCUGGGGCUUCGUCUCUGAGGUGAGCAAUGUGGGUAGCGUGCUUAAGGAGUGUAGCAAUGUCCCAGCUUGCUGCACAUUUCAGAUGUUCAAUUGAAAUUGCAUAACGUUCAGACUUACAGAAGAAUUUCGAAAAGUUCCAAAGUAUAUUUUGCUGAUGGGUGUCUCAAGUCCAGGGGUGCUUUUUGAGGUUCUGAGGCGUCAACACAAGGAGAGAGACGCCUCAGAAUGUAACGUACGUUCAACGGCCUCUUUACAGAACCGCUCCUAUCGAAGGGCCGCUGGGAAUGACGGCAGCUUGUCUGUUUACGUGACGACAGUCGAAGAGAUCUCGCCAGAAGAUAUGAUCGCCGCCUCAGUGCUGCCUUUUUGCAGGAUUCAUCCCCAGGUGUUGAUGGAGAGGCAUGGCUCGCGUCUCGCUGGACUCCACCCCCCGAUCCCUCACUGGGAUCCCCAGCAGCGUGCUCACGGUGCCCAUGGAGAAUAAGUACCAAUGCCAGCAGUGUCUCCAGGUGCUCCGGAAGCCUGUCCAGGCGCAGUGCGGACAUCGCUUCUGUGUCCACUGUUUUAAACUCCUCACCAGUAACGGCCCCAAGCCGUGCCAGGCCUGCAGGCAGGAGGAGAUCUACGAGGAGCCGCAGUCCAUCCUGAACAGCAGCGAGGCAUUUGCGGACAACGCAGCAGGAAGGGAGAUCGCCAGCCUUCCUGCCAAGUGUCUGAAUGAGGAGUGCUCAUGGUGUGGGACGGUCAAGGACUAUGAGGCCCAUCAUGAGAACGAGUGUGAGUUUGACCGCGUGGUGUGUGACGCCUGCCACAGCACCGUCCAGAGGAGGGACAAGGAGAGGCACAGCGAGAGGGAAUGUGAAGCGAGAACUCUCAACUGCAAGUUCUGCAAAGUUACAUUCCCUUUUAAGGAGAUCAAGGCCCACGAUGAGAUCUGCAUUAAGUUUCCAAUACAGUGCAAAGACUGCGGGAAGAAGAAGAUCCCUCGAGAAAAGAUGAGUGACCAUGCCAGGAACUGUGCCAAGUCUAAGAGCGGAUGUCCUUUCAGUGAGGUUGGCUGCAAGACAGUGAUGGAGAACGGGAAGACCCUGGGUGACCACGAGCAGGGCAGUGUGAUGGAGCACCUGCGUCUGCUGCUGGCCAUGGUGCUGUCUCUGCUGCGGCCGCGUGCUGAGGCCCCGGGGCCGGGAGAGUGGCAGGAGGACUCCGGGCUGGGCCUGUACCGGGCCCCCGAGGAGGGAGGCUCGGCUGGGGCCGGGGCUGGGGCCGGGGCCGGGGCCUCUGUCAGCCUGGAGACCAAGGUGGUGGCGCUGGAGAACAUAGUGACGGUGCUGAACAGGGAGGUGGAGAGAAGCGCCCUGUCCCUGGAGGCUGCCUCACGUCAGCACCGCCUCGACCAGGACAAGAUCGAGGCCCUGAGCGGCAAGGUGCACCAGCUGGAGAGGACCCUGAACACCAGAGAGCUGCAGCUGGCCGACAGCGAGCGCAUCCUGCGAGAGCUGCAACACUGCACCUACGACGGCGUGUUCGUCUGGAAGAUCUCCGACUUCGCCAAGCGCAGGCAGGACGCCACGGCUGGGAGGAUGCCCGCCAUGUUCUCUCCAGCUUUCUACUCCAGUAAAUAUGGGUACAAGAUGUGUCUGAGGCUGUACCUGAAUGGAGACGGGACAGGCCGAGGUACUCACCUCUCUCUCUUCUUCGUGGUCAUGAGGGGCAAGUGUGACGCUCUGCUCAAAUGGCCCUUCAGUCAGAAGGUGACCCUGAUGUUGCUGGAUCAGAACAACAGGGAGCACAUCAUCGACGCGUUCCGGCCGGACGUCAGCUCCACGUCCUUCCAGCGGCCUGUCAGCGAGAUGAACAUCGCCAGCGGCUGCCCGCUCUUCUGCCCCCUGGCCAAACUGACGGGCAAAAGCUCGUACCUGCGGGACGACACCAUCUUCAUCAAGGCCAUCGUCGAUCUCACUGGUUUGUAGGCGCGGAGUCUAUGGAGAUAACAGAUCCAACAAUUAAAUAAUUAUUCUUAUUAUUACAUUAUUGAUGUUAUUAUUAGAUAUCAAUUAUAUGGUUUAUUUAUCCGGCUAAAGGGACUUUGUGAAGUUGGCGUGGCGCGACAGUCUCCAGUGUCAGCUCCAAGAAUGUUCAGGAUGUUGUCGAGGCAGUUGGGGGUAUCGCAUCAACAAACCCCUCAUUAAUAACAACCGUUUACCAUUAGGAUUCACUACCAGGUCAAGCCUGAAGUUCAUUACCACAAACAGGAAGUCCAUGAACUUGUAUCUUUAUUAUCCCUAGAGACUUAGUGAGACCAGCACUGUGACAGUGUGAGGAAUUCUUAUGUUUUAACUCCGCCUAGAUUAAAUAUAAAAUGACUUGAUGGUUGUAAGUGUGACACCUGUCACUAAUUUCUACUGCAGUGACUUCAGCCUCAAAACAACAGCUAUGUGGUGGCUGAACGAUAAACAUAUGAUUUUUUUCUUGAGGCUGUUUGUAAGAGACAUGCGCUAAAAGGAAUGUGGGAAGUUAGUAGGAUCGAUGGAAUGGAGGUAGGAGAGAAGGAAGUACCAUAUGUAGAAAGUUCGGUAGCUGGGGUUGG